GAAUAUAGUCUCCAAAGAAAAAAAAUAAUGGCUGCUGCUCGUCCGUACACUUCCCUCCUCUUGGUCCUUGCUCUGCUUCUUUUGGUCACAUUUUCUAAUUUGGCUGAGGCCCAUGGUCGUGGAAAGCUUCGUCCUCAAGAUUGCAAGCCAAAGUGUACAUAUCGUUGCUCCGCAACAUCACACAAGAAGCCAUGCAUGUUCUUCUGCCAAAAGUGUUGCGCCAAAUGUCUAUGCGUCCCUCCUGGUACUUACGGCAACAAGCAAGUCUGCCCUUGCUACAACAACUGGAAGACUAAGGAAGGAGGACCAAAAUGCCCUUGAGAUUAAUUAUUAUUACAUUUAUUGUUUUUUUAGUUGCUUGCAAUUUCUGCAUCUCAUUUAAUAAGCCUUGCCAUAUUUGAAUAUGGACCUCCUAAUUAUUAUGAGGUAUUUUUGGCAGCAACUUUUUUCCUCUUUAGCUAGCAACUUUUCUACUACUUUCAUCCCCAAUUAUGUAGGGUUCGUUUGGUAGAUGGAUUCAGAAUUAUGAUUUUAGAUCCUGGUUUAAAAUCCAACAAUGAAUCAUGUUUGUUUACAGUGAUUCUGAAUCAUGAUUC